UCUCUAUCAGGCAGUUGCUGUUAGUGGGUUUGCUUCACAUACGGAGGCUCCUGUGUAAGUUUAUAGUUGGUCGUUUCGCAUCAAACGGGUCUUUUGUUUUGCUGACAUACGUUUGUUGAGUUAGUUUCCCACCUUUCUGUUGCCUGUCGAGACAUGCUGCGAGUGAGGGCGGCGCUGGGUCAGUCUUGGAGGGGGUUCAAAACCUUCCCUUAUGCAGCUGUGGAGGUUAAGAAUGAGCCCAUCUUGGGGUUCAAAGAGGGGAGUAAAGAGCGAGCAGAGCUGGAGAAGGCCCUCCAAGACCUAAAAGGAAAGACAGAGGAGAUUCCAUGUGUGAUCGGAGACGAACAAGUAUGGACCAAAGAUAUCAGAUACCAGCUGUCUCCCUUCAACCACUCACACAAAGUGGCCAAGUUCUGUUAUGCUGAUAAGGAGCUUCUAAACAAAGCCAUUCUGGCCUCUGUAGCAGCGAGGAGAGAAUGGGACCUGAAACCUGUGGCAGAUAGAGCCCAGAUCCUCUUCAAGGCUGCUGAUGCAAUCAGUGGACCGAAGAGAGCAGAAGUUCUGGCAAAGACGAUGAUCGGCCAGGGUAAAACUGUGGUGCAGGCUGAGAUUGAUGCUGCAGCAGAGCUCAUUGACUUCUUCAGGUUCAAUGCGAAGCAUGCGAUUGAGCUGGAGCAGCAGCAGCCGCUGGACAGCGAUGGCAGCACCAACACAAUGCUGUACCGUGGGCUGGAGGGCUUUGUAGCUGCUGUUGCGCCGUUCAACUUCACUGCUAUUGGUGGAAACCUGGCUGGCACGCCAACACUAAUGGGUAACGUGGUGCUGUGGAAACCCAGUGACACUGCCAUGUCUGCUAGCUAUGCAGUCUACAAGAUCCUGCGUGAGUCUGGCCUACCGCCCAACAUCAUCCAGUUUGUUCCAGCUGAUGGUCCAGUUUUUGGAGACACUGUCACCUCCUCUGAGCAUUUGGCUGGAAUCAACUUCACCGGCAGUGUCCCAACAUUUAAGCGUCUGUGGAAACAGGUGGCACAGAAUCUUGAUAUCUACAGAAACUUCCCUCGUGUGGCAGGAGAAUGCGGUGGCAAGAACUUCCAUUUUGUGCAUAAGUCUGCAGACGUUCACAGUGUGGUGACGGGCACGAUCCGCUCGGCAUUUGAGUACGGUGGGCAGAAGUGCUCGGCCUGCUCCAGGAUGUACGUCCCGGACUCACUCUGGCCUCAGAUCAAACAGGACCUCCUGGCCAUACACAAACAGAUUAAACUGGGAGACCCGGUUGAGGAUUUUGGGACGUUCUUCUCCGCAGUUAUUGAUGACAAGUCCUUUGCCAGGAUAAAGGGCUGGCUUAGCCACGCCAAGGCUUCCCCCAGUCUGACUGUGAUCGCUGGCGGAAAUUGUGACGAUAAAAAGGGAUACUAUGUGGAGCCCACGAUUAUUGAAACCAAAGAUCCACAGGAUAAAAUAAUGAAUGAGGAGAUCUUUGGACCCGUUCUGACAGUUUAUGUAUAUCCUGAGAAUGACUACAAGAAAGUACUGGAGUUAAUUGACAGCACAUCUCCAUAUGCUCUGACUGGGGCUGUCUUUUCUCAAGAUAAGGCCGUCGUGGCUGAGGCUGCAAAAUUGUUGAGAAAUGCAGCAGGAAAUUAUUAUGUCAAUGACAAAUCGACAGGCUCCGUUGUGGCCCAGCAGCCGUUUGGGGGUUCCAGAGCAUCAGGUACCAAUGACAAGCCUGGAGGACCACACUACAUCCUCAGGUGGACAUCACCACAGGUCGUCAAGGAGACCCAUGUCCCACUCACAGAGUGGAAAUAUCCCUACAUGGGUUGAGAGAACUCUUACGUCCACAGCACAGCCCUGAAUCCUCUUCUAUGUACUAAUAAUGACUGAAAUCCAGAAUUGUUAUUGUUCCUGCUUGAUUUAACGUUUAUCUUCAGUGGUCUUCUAAAGAAAACUAUCAUGAUGUCUCCUGGAAUGUUCAUAAAACCAUGGCUGGUGAAACAGUGCUGCCUUGUGGCGAUACCUGAGGCUGACUAGGCAAGCAUGGAAAGCUACUGUUCCUGGAAAAAUUACCGACAUCUACUACAUGACUACAGCUCUUCAAUAUGUGAAUGUUUUAGCAGACUUUCAUUACAGCCAGUGGUUGACCAGACUGUCCAGGAGGACUAUCAAGAGGAAGACUGAGGAUUGGAAUUGCACUGAAUAUUUCUGUCUUGUGUCUUUUAUCAGAUCAAUGGUAGCAAUCUUUCAAAUGAGCUUUCUUUCUGGAGGUGUUUUCUGCCUAUUUGACAAACAGUAUCUAUCAGUGUAUUCGUUACAGUGGUAGUAAUAUAUUUCCAUUUAUUACAUUAUGAAAUGGUUUAGAUUUUUACCUCAGGUUUGGUCUGAUUUACCUGCUGCGCUCAACAAUAGAUAAAUAAAUACUAACUAAAAAUAUCAAUAAAAAUAUAUAUAAAUAUCAAUGUCAAAAACAGUAAACAACAGCACUUGUUUUUGAUGUUCUUAAUGUUUAGCUUAUGUUUAGUUCAUAUUGUUUGGCUUGGUUGACCCGGUUAAUUCACUGUAAUUCACUCUCCUGCUGAUGCACAGACUGGCAAUAAUGGAGUCUCAAGUAUAUGACAAGUAGCUUGAAAUGACAUCAUUUUCAUGAUUUUCUGAAUGAACUUUUUCCAGCUCAGUGCUGAUGCACAAAUCUCAAUGCAGUAUCAACCGUAAGGUUAUAAGUGCAAAAACCUUAAAAACAGUGCAGUGUGGACUUCUGUUGUGCCUGAAUAAAGGGAUGGGGUUAAACGGUA